AUGGUGAUCGAGCAAGCUUUUUACGGGCAAUACCAUGACCUGUACGUGCUGGAGAAGUGGGUCCAUGUGAACCUCAUGAAGUUCAACAAGGCCAAGUGCAGAGCACGAUGCUCCGUCAGGAAGGAGCCGCCACUUGCUGCAAUAAAAGCGGAGCCUUGGUCUCCUCUGCCCGAGCCGCUGUUUGUGUCCCGUCUGUCCCGCUCGCAGCCCCAGAGCAUCUCCCCCGGCCCGGGCCCGACCCUGUGCCUCGGGCCCAGGGCUGCGCCCGCACACCCUGCCCACGCCGGGGGAGCCCAGCAGCCUCUGCCCCGCCGGCAGCCUGGCUUCCCCCGGGCCUGUCCCCGCGGGCAGGGAGGGGACGGGAGCCCGUGCCCGGAGCCCGUGCCCGGAGCCCGGCCCCUCUCCGCACCCCCUCCUCCCAGCGGGGCAGCCCGCUGCCUGCCGCCCUGCCGGAGCCCAGCCCCAGCGGCAGCGGGCAGGGCCGCGCCCGGGGCUCCGGAGGGGCUGCGGGGAAAGGAGGGGGGCGCCCCGCUGCCCCCGGCCCUGGCCAGCACCCAGCCCUUUCCCCCGGACGGCGGCAGGCUCUGCCCUGGCCGUGCCCGGCCCCAGCCCGCAGGGCCGCUCGGUGCCGGCAGCGGCAGCGGGAGCUGCUCUCCGGGAGAGCGCUCGGGCCCGGCCCCGCACCCGGGCCCGGGGGCACCCGCCGGCUCUGCCUGGGGCUGCCCGAGGGCUGCGCCUCCGCCUGCUCCCGCGGGGACCCGCUCACCGGCCUCUGGGCUUCUGCCCUCGGCCCCUGCCGCUGUCUCCGCCGAGCCAGGCCCACUCGCCCGCUGUUUGGAGCCCGGCCCGCAGCCGCCGCCCGCACCCACCGGGACCCCCGGCCCCCUCCGCGCCCAGACCCGCCCCUCGGGACGGCGCCUCCCUCGCCCGGGGCUGCCCCGAAAGCGCAUCGACCCGCAGCGUUUACCCGCUGCCGCCGCUCCCCUCCGGGCGCUGCCCGCGGCGGGUUCCCUGGCGGGUCCCUGCUGGCCCCAGCGCGCGGGCUCCGUCGGCAGCCCUGCCCCGCAGGUGGCGAGCAGCGCGGUCCCGCUGCGGGGGCGGGGGGACGGACCUCCUUGCACCAACACCACCUCUCUUUACGGGCAAUACCAUGACCUGUACGUGCUGGAGAAGUGGGUCCAUGUGAACCUCAUGAAGUUCAACAAGGCCAAGUGCAGAGCACGAUGCUCCGUCAGGAAGGAGCCGCCACUUGCUGCAAUAAAAGCGGAGCCUUGGUCUCCUCUGCCCGAGCCGCUGUUUGUGUCCCGUCUGUCCCGCUCGCAGCCCCAGAGCAUCUCCCCCGGCCCGGGCCCGACCCUGUGCCUCGGGCCCAGGGCUGCGCCCGCACACCCUGCCCACGCCGGGGGAGCCCAGCAGCCUCUGCCCCGCCGGCAGCCUGGCUUCCCCCGGGCCUGUCCCCGCGGGCAGGGAGGGGACGGGAGCCCGUGCCCGGAGCCCGUGCCCGGAGCCCGGCCCCUCUCCGCACCCCCUCCUCCCAGCGGGGCAGCCCGCUGCCUGCCGCCCUGCCGGAGCCCAGCCCCAGCGGCAGCGGGCAGGGCCGCGCCCGGGGCUCCGGAGGGGCUGCGGGGAAAGGAGGGGGGCGCCCCGCUGCCCCCGGCCCUGGCCAGCACCCAGCCCUUUCCCCCGGACGGCGGCAGGCUCUGCCCUGGCCGUGCCCGGCCCCAGCCCGCAGGGCCGCUCGGUGCCGGCAGCGGCAGCGGGAGCUGCUCUCCGGGAGAGCGCUCGGGCCCGGCCCCGCACCCGGGCCCGGGGGCACCCGCCGGCUCUGCCUGGGGCUGCCCGAGGGCUGCGCCUCCGCCUGCUCCCGCGGGGACCCGCUCACCGGCCUCUGGGCUUCUGCCCUCGGCCCCUGCCGCUGUCUCCGCCGAGCCAGGCCCACUCGCCCGCUGUUUGGAGCCCGGCCCGCAGCCGCCGCCCGCACCCACCGGGACCCCCGGCCCCCUCCGCGCCCAGACCCGCCCCUCGGGACGGCGCCUCCCUCGCCCGGGGCUGCCCCGAAAGCGCAUCGACCCGCAGCGUUUACCCGCUGCCGCCGCUCCCCUCCGGGCGCUGCCCGCGGCGGGUUCCCUGGCGGGUCCCUGCUGGCCCCAGCGCGCGGGCUCCGUCGGCAGCCCUGCCCCGCAGGUGGCGAGCAGCGCGGUCCCGCUGCGGGGGCGGGGGGACGGAGCCAGGGGGGACCCCGAGCUCGGGGCCGUCCCUGGCGGGAGUCGGGCCGGCCCCCGGGGCUUUCGUGGACGCCGGCGCCGGCUCUUGCGGGAGGAACCCUCGGGCCCCGGUUCUGCCGAGGCAGCUGCCUCUGCAGCGCAGCAGCGGCAGAGCCGCCGGUGGCUGCGGGGAGCCGGGGCGGAGGGAGCUCGGCUCGGCCCCGUCCGGCUCCGCUCGGCCGGGCUCGGCCGCGCCCGGCUCCGCUCGGCCGGGCCCGUCUGCAGCCUUCCCCCGGCCCGGCCCCGCCUGAGGCAAGGUCUGGCGGCGGGCGCGGCGGGGGCUUCUGGGGCCGCUCGGUGA